GCACCCUCUCGGGCAGGCGAAACAAACAAGGGUAUAAUGAUCGCGGCAUUUUACGGAGCAGCCGCCAUGCCCCGCCUUCUGCGACCGCGCAUGCGUGGUGGGCGGCCCGGGGCACAGCCAGGGCCUGCCCGAGGCGGUGGCACGCUCACCUGGGCACGACCUGACCAGUGCCACCCCGACCUAGAGCGGACUGUGACCCCCGGCCAGAGCGUGAGACUUGUAGGGCAGCGUACCCAGGAGCCAUCUCCUCCCCCCACCCCCCCAGGAGCGUCCCACCUGCCACUUGACUAGUAAAUAUUUACCCAUUUGAACACUUGUGAAGCCUAAGGCCCCGUUGAGCACGAGCGGCGGCACUGCCGGUGAGCACGACGCGCCUGCCCGCCGCCACAAGUCAACACGGAGCACCGCGGCGUCGCCGUCAGCGCCACAAUCGCGGCUCUCGGGUUCAGGAGUGUGGCGGGUACGGCCGAGUUCGGCGACCUGGCACUCUUGGCCAGCGCUGUGGCCAUGAAAGGCGAAGAAGACGGCGGAGUGGCGGCCCUAGCGCCGCUGGUGCCUCCCGAGGAGGUCCCGCCGGCGCCAAUCACCGAGGUCCCCAACGACGCCCCUACGGGAGUUGCCGCCUCUAACGGCAACAACGAGAAGACCUCGGGCGGCGGUAAGCGGGGGGGAGCCCGCCGGCAGGAGAAGCCGCCCUACUCCUACAUCGCUCUCAUCGUCAUGGCCAUCCAGAGCUCCCCUCAGAGGCGUCUGACGCUCUCGGAGAUCUAUCAGUUCCUGCAACAGCGGUUUGCUUUUUUCCGCGGCUCCUACACCGGCUGGAAGAACUCGGUGCGCCACAACCUCUCCCUCAACGAGUGCUUCAUCAAGCUGCCCAAGUCGAUGGGCCGGCCGGGCAAGGGCCACUACUGGGCCAUCGACCCCACGGCCGAGCUCAUGUUCGAGGAGGGAUCCUUCCGGCGGCGUCCUCGAGGAUUCCGCAGGAAGGUUCAGGCAAUGAAGCCGUACCCGCUGUACCAGGGAGGGGCGCCUUCCCUGGCGACGCCCUACGACGUGUGCGGGUCUCAGCUGCCCCCGGCCAGCCAGUACGGCCAGUACCCGUCCUACCAGGACUACGCCAGCUACCCGCAGCCGCCCACAUCCUACGGCGGCAACAUGUACUCCGCCUCCUGCUCGCUGCCAUCCUACAGCGGCGGCGGCGGCGUGGCAGAGUACCCGCCCGCCUCCCCUGGUGUCUACACCAGCAUGACGCCCGCCGCGCCCCUCCCGCCCAUGGGCGCCCUCGGUGAUCGAGACAUGUGGUCAGCCCUCACGCCCAACACGACGCCCACCCUCACGCCCACGGCCGCCUACGUCAAGCAGAGCAACAGCCCGACAGGCUCCCCCGGUCCGCUAACGCCGCCUGGGAGUGAGGGUGUGAGCGGCUACAUGGGCGUGGCGCAGGACCACGGACACACGCCCACCGUCCCCAACACCGCCCACGUCUCCGCCUACAACCCUUCCCUCCACCAUCACCACCAUCACCAUCACCACCACGACCUCGCUGCGCUCCACGGCAUGCGAGGAAUGGCCCAACAGCAGCAGCCACAGCAGCACCCACAGCAACAACUACAACAACACCACCACCAACAACAACAGCAGCAACAAGCACAACAACAAAUGACGUCAUCAGUGGUGGCACCAACCUACGACAAGCGACUCUGGACUCCGCCCUCCUCCAUGUCCGGGGGCGGAGCUCUGACCCCCACACAGCCUGCCAUUGGUGGGAGUCUCUGCCCGUCGCCCACCCACCUCCUCCCGCACCACCAAGCCACGCCCACCUCCACCCCAGCUCCGCCCAACUAUUACGACUCGAUUAAAUACUCAAUGUAACGGAUUUCGACGAGGAAAUUUGAGACUUGAUUCCCUUAUAGAGAAUGUUUCAAAUUUUUAAUUUUUUUAAUUUUUUAUAAGUUUGUUGACGUGUAAGGAGUCAGUGUACAUAAAGCUAACUGCUUAUUAACUUAAGACGAUGUGUGUUUAAAGCCUAACAGAGAAGAAUAGCAUCUUGAUAAUGUCUAUAAUUUUUAUACAAAAAUAAGGAAGUUUUUUUUUUGCCGGGAAUUUGUGCAAUAUUCAGCAAUUUAGAGAAAUGUUCAGAUAAAUCAGUUUUUUUUUAUAUAUAAAAACCCUCAUGAGUUUUAACAACCAAAAAAUAUGUCUUGUGAAUCCCAUUUGUUAUAUAAUAUAAGAAGUGUGUGAACACGUAGUAACAGUGAAUCUCAGUAUUAUAUAAUGUUAUUUUUUUCCUCCAAACCCCCCCACCCCUUCCCCCGCCCCCUCUUCAACCAAACACCCUCUUUCCCCUAACCCCUUAAGUCCGACAACCCCCAAAUGUCGUCCCGCGAUUUACUUUUCUCAGUCCAGAGGACAGCAAGCCUCAUGCAAGCCUCGGGACAAUGUUGCCGCCAUUUAUGUCACCAUUUUGAGCGGUUAGAUGUCAGUGCACGCCGAGCCGCUGGGGAGGUGAGGUGGCGUGGGUGUCAGGAGUCUCUUGGGUGGUGGUGGUAGUGGUUGUUGCAAGAUGAUGGUAGUGGCGAAACUAGUUGCGAUGGUGGUGGCUGCUUUAACUGGUUGUGGUGGUGGAGGUUUGCGGCGAAGGCGGGCGGGUGGUUGCGGAAAUUGUGGAACAAAGUGUUCUCAAAUUCUAUUCCUUUGGGUCUUUGUGGAAACCAAUUGUUGUUGUUGUUGUUUGAGACCAGUACUGCUGUUCUCCUGAGAUCAGUGAUGUUCCCUCGAGAUCAGUUAAAUUUCUUGAGACUAGCAAUGUCCUUCAGAAGCCAGGUUCGUCACUAUCCUGAGAUCAGUGAUGCUUACCUAAGAUCAUUUAUAUUUUAAACCAGAAUUUAGUAAAUUGAAUUGUCUACAUGUAGGGAAAUACUGUUAAAGGUUCUUUAAUUAUUUCUAAAUAUGCUGAAAUAUUCCUAUUUGCUCAUCUUAUAUUAGUAAACUUUUAACAUUUCCGAAAACUAUAAAUAAUUUCUAAAGAUUUUGAAAUAUUUCGAAAUGGAUCAAGAGUAUGUCCAAAAUUCCUGCAAUAUUUUUUUUAAACUUCUGAAAUAAACCCAUAAUCUGGAUAAUCCUGAAAUAUACAUUUUAUGAAGUAUCUAAUCUUCGAGAAAUUUUGAAAUAUCCCUUUUGUGUCUAGAAAUAUCUCCAGCGAGUCUGGAAAUAUCUCCAGUGAGUAUGGAAUUAUCUCUAAUGAAAAUUGAAAUACUGUAUCUCCAAUAUCUGGAAAUAUUUCGAACACUUGACAACAAAAAUACUAAUCAUAUCUCCAAUACACUUGUACAUUUGUAGUGUAUUUCAACAUAUUUCUCGUUGGAGAUAUUCUAAAUAUUGACCUACAGACAGGAUGUUAUGACAAUGUAAAUACAAACACGCUUAAACAGCAAUGAACACCAGAGAUCAAUGGCUCUUCAACUCUCUCUACCAGUCACUUGAAGGAAUAUUACCGCCCUUAAGAGGGGAUCGAGACAAAAGCCUAAUUAGCUAGGUUGUGCUGGUCAUGUAAGCCUGCAGAUAGAUCCCUACCAACAACAGCUUCGCUGACCAGGCUGUUACUAGCUAAACAGAUCUAGGAGAGUGGCUCUUCUGCCAGGCAGCUUCAUUGUAUAUAAGAUAUCUAGAAAACUAUGGUUUUAUGAACAUUUUUUCAGCAUACAUGCAAUGUUAUUUUCUUUUCUUAGCCUCAUUAUUAUUAUUAUUAUUAUUAUUAUUAUUAUUAUUAUUAUUAUUAUUAUUAUUAUUAUUAUUAUUAUUAUUAUUGUUGUUGUUAUUACUACUACUGUCCACUGCUAUUAUUUAUACAUUUUUUCCAUCUAUUGUAUUAUUACUGUUUUAUUAAUCGUCUCUUAGACAAAGUUAACUUUACUGCUAGUUACUAUUAUUGUUGAUGUUGUUGUUGUUGUUGUUCUUUGUUGUUGAGCCACUCUAACUAAAGAGUGACUAGAAUACAACUAUAGAGUGAUUGGAAUACAACUACAGUGACUGGAAUAUAACUAGUGACUGAAAUAGUGAUUGGAAUGCAACUAAUGACUGGAAUACAAUUUUUAGAGUGGUUGAAUACAUUAUAUCUAAAUUUAACUCAUAGAAAAAAUGACAGUCUAUUGUCUAAAUGGACUGACUGUCUUUGAUUAUUGUUGAUUAAAUUUUGAUUAAAUCUUGCAUCAAAUUUUGCAAUACAGUUUAUAACUGGUGUCGCGUGUGUCUGACUUUUCUAAUGGCAUGAAGACAUUUUCUUACUGUAUGAGUUCAAUUCUAAGGUUGUCUAAUUCUCAGAUGACGUGUAAUUAAAUUCUUGCGAGGGUUAUGUAUAAUUUUGUGUGAGCGCAUCUAAAUCUAAUGAUCUUUAGACGUGUAAGUCUAACUCUGCGAGGAAGUCUUAAAUCUUUUUUUUUGUUUUUUGUUUUUAGGGGUCACAGUUGGGGUGUUUUAAGAAAGUCUGAAGUCAUGUUUUUGUACGACUGAUAUAAAAUAAUUAUUUAAUUCACUUUUUGUAAGAAAAGGAUAAACACACAAAAAAAAUUAUAUUAAAUUUUCUAAUAUUAGCUAUUUAAAUACUAUUUUCCGACGGACUUGAAAACAAAAUCGGUCUCGAAAUCUUUGUGCAUGGACACCAAAUUAUAUAAAUACGAUUUAUUAACAAAUUAUUACACUGUACGGAUAUUUUCAGAAUUGCUGGAAAUUGACUAAAUGAAUGUUCAUGUAUUAUGACAUGGCACGAGGUAAUAGACCUUAUGAAUGUUUGAAAUAAGGUUCAUUCUGCUUCAAGAUUCUAAUAGAGUUUGUACGAAAGACAGACGUAGAUUAUUCGCCUAUGCAGUCAAAACUCGUUGAUAAUGAAAAUGCGAUUGGAUGAAAUCAUUUGUAAUCAACCAAUAAGCAUUUUUGCCGCUUACCGAACGAGCCAAUCGGCUAACUUGCCGUAAAUACGAAGCAGCCAAUCAACGGCUGCCGUACGGGCGGGCUCAGCGAGGUCGGACUGCAGGCCAUGUAUAGCUUCUAAGUUAUUAUAUUCUCUCGUGUCUUGUUGGUUCUCAAGUCCUCACUCACACACGACGAGGUUGUAGCCACUCUGUUAUAUAGAGUCAGGUCGUCUUAGUGCCACAGACACCCUGGUGACACUCAGUGUUAACCAGCACUAACGUAAGGAGACGGUCGGUGGUGACUCGUUGUCAUGGCCGUCUACUGCUCUCACAGAUCUUGUGAAAUAUUCAUCUGUAAUUAUUGAAUUGUUUUCCAUAUCGAAUUAUUUUUCCAUUCUGCGUUUUUUACCUCUGUCUCUACUCCAACUAUUAUCAAUAUUGCGGGUUCACGAAGGCCUCACAAAAUAUUUCAUGUUAAAACAAUGAGAAAUAAAACAAAGAAUAA